UGUGAGGAGCUUCCCGGCCGUCCCCACUGGCCACCAUGUCCGCCCAGGCGCAGAUGCGGGCCCUGUUGGACCAGCUCAUGGGCACGGCUCGGGACGGUUCAGUGUAUCUUUGCCUGCCUACAUCAAUCUGCAAGGGAGUUGCAGAAAAGCCUCAUGUUCAUCGAGCCGAGAUGAAACCAGACAGAGGGUCAAGUUUACAGAUGACCGUGUCUGCAAGAGUCACCUUCUGGACUGCUGCCCCCAUGACAUCCUUGCUGGGACGCGCAUGGAUUUAGGAGAAUGUACCAAAAUCCACGACUUGGCCCUUCGAGCAGAUUAUGAAAUUGCAAGUAAAGAAAGAGACCUGUUUUUUGAAUUAGAUGCUAUGGAUCACUUAGAGUCCUUCAUUGCAGAGUGUGAUCGGAGAACCGAACUUGCCAAGAAACGACUGGCUGAAACUCAGGAGGAAAUCAGUGCAGAAGUUUCUGCCAAGGCAGAAAAGGUACAUGAAUUAAAUGAAGAAAUAGGAAAACUGCUUGCUAAAGCUGAACAGCUAGGAGCUGAAGGAAAUGUGGAUGAAUCCCAGAAGAUCCUUAUGGAAGUGGAGAAAGUUCGCACAAAGAAAAAAGAAGCAGAGGAAGAAUAUAGAAAUUCCAUGCCUGCAUCCAGUUUUCAACAGCAAAAACUCCGUGUUUGCGAGGUUUGUUCAGCUUAUCUUGGUCUCCAUGACAAUGACCGUCGUCUUGCUGACCACUUCGGGGGCAAGUUACACCUGGGAUUCAUUCAGAUCCGAGAGAAGCUUGAUCAAUUGAGGAAAACUGUGGCUGAAAAACAGGAAAAAAGAAAUCAGGAUCGAUUGAGAAGAAGAGAGGAGAGAGAGCGCGAAGAGCGCCUGGGCAGGUCUGGAUCAAGAACCCGAGAUCGCAGGAGGUCACGCUCCCGGGAUCGUCGACGGAGGAGGUCUAGGUCUACUUCCCGAGAGCGGCGGAAGUUUUCCCGUUCCAGGUCCCGAGAUAGAUACCGGCGCCAUCGCAGCCGCUCCCGGAGCCACAGCCGGGGUCACCGCCGGGCUUCCAGGGACCGGAGUACAAAAUACAAGUUCUCCAGGGAGCGCUCAUUGAGAGAGGAAUCCUGGGAGUACGGGCGGAAUGAACGAGGGCCCACUGACUGGAGGCUGGAGAAUUCCAAUGGCAAGACUGCAUCGCGGAGAUCGGAGGAGAAGGAGGCUGGCGAGAUCUGAAUCUGGCUCAGGCGCUGUAAAUAGUCUGACAAAUGUUCAGCACAGCCAAAAUUACCCUUUAUAUUUGCUGAUAUAACUCAUCUUUUGUAGAUAAAAUUUCUAUUGUUUGGUCCUAGCUGUGAGUUUCCAGAGUUGUUCAGAGCUGCUUCUGUGUUUGGGGUUAUGUUGUAUAGGAACAAAUAAAUCUGGCGGCUGCCUCCUGACAGCUGUGUUGGGGUAUCUGCUGUCCUCUACACUAGAGGCAUUUCUUUAGGACCUGUGGAGAAAAGGCUGGUGCUGCCAUUAUUUUAGAAAACUGACCAAAUGUCUGACCAAUUUAACUUUUGGCACUCCCAACACACUUAACUGAGCCAGAUGUAUGUGGCUUCCCUUCCCUGGUUCACACUCUGCAUCUUAGCUGCUCAUGUACUCUCUCAGUGCAGACCAUCGAGCAGGUUCUGUGGAUGAGAGGGGGUGGCUAAUUGCACAAUUAUUUCCUUAGGAAGAGCUGUAUCUGUUGAGACCUUAGCAGUUCCACUUUGUUACAUAGGUGGAAUAAAGACAUAGAUGGCCCUUAUCUGCCAAUUAGGAAGUCCUUGAGAGAGUUACAGCUUAGGUCAGGUAUCUUGGGUGCUUUGUACCCAAGAUAGUCAUAUUGUUACCCCUGAGCAUAUGCUGUUGGUCACAAAGGACCUUAAGACCAAAGUGAAGCCCAAAUAGAAAGGACCACUAGAUAGGAGUUGCUUCCCUUCACUUGUCUCGGGGAAGAGGUGUUUGUUUUUGGAGGGAACUUUAGUCAGUUGUGUUCAACGAAAAAGCCCCCCUUCUCCAUGCUGUGCUUUUAAAAACUUGGGUGCUGUUCUUGAGCUGUUGGUUUGACAGUUUGCACAUAGGAUCUUGUGAUUUUGUAAUGUGGCUCCCUGGACACCUGCCUAUAGGAGAAUGUGUGCUCUGCUGGUAUGUGAAAACAGGCUUUCCUUGAUCAAUUGUCUCCAUAUGCAAGGGGGUAGGACGGCAUAUCCCUGAAGGAUCACUGGGUUCAGUACCAUACAUAGGUGCCAUGUGUAGGUUUCAUUCAUCUCUAGCCCCUUGGCCUCCAGGUGGGGCUCAGUUUUUAGCUCUCCUCUGCAGUCUUCCUGGAAUAAGGUGUGUACCUGGGCUUCUUGGGCCCCAAGUAGACAUUUUGACUAGCAGUGUCCACUUAUUAUGCUGGGUACAUUUUGUUUCCUGGACUAUUUUGGGCCUUAACUGGACAGACCUAACCUUAGAGCCAACAUCCAUAUGUCCAUUUUGGAUCCCUUACUCUCUUUAAAUGUGUAUAUGGAGAAACAGCUGUUUUGCAUUGUUUUAUCACAGAGUAAAGUUAGUGGAAACAUUCUGUGCCAUGGUCUGUAGUACCCACAGGAUAAUCCCUGGGCUCACAUGCUAUACAGCUACUGGGUACAAUAGGCAGACCUCCUGCUUAGGUAGCAUCUUUUUGAGUGGUCAGCUUCCUCAGAGCUGCAGAACUCCCACUUUCUGCAGUCUCUUGUGGAGGGUGAUUUUUACAAGGACGUCGUGGCAAAAUUUUUUUGUUGUUUUUUGAACUUUUUCUGGAAGGACAGUCUUGCCUGGGCAGACCUGGGAUUUCAGGACUCAGAGCACUUUUGUCUCAGUCCUAAGUAGCUGUUACUAACACUGUCCCAACUUGCCUAGAUGCUUAGUUUUUGUUUUCUUUUUUUUUUAUUUCUGAGACAGGGUUCUCUAGCCCCAGCUUUCCUGAACUCAUUGUAGUACCAGCUGGCCUCAAACUCAGAUCCACUUCACUCUGCCUCUUGAUGUUUUGUUAACUUUCCUUAAUUGAAGUUUUCUGUAAUUUAGGUGAACAUAGAUAACAAGAGAUGUGUUUGUGGUGGUGGCGGCGUCACUGGCCAUUAUGCAAGAAAUCAUAGGGUCUACCAUUAAUCAUAGAUUAGCCUGAGGGCCCGGGACAGGUACUGGUUAGGUUCCAGAGCAAGCCUCCAAGCUGAGGAACUUGGAGAGCCAGUAGUUUUCAAAAACCCAGUAACCAGUCUCCCCAGGCCAGGGUAUAGGAGGAUACCUAUAUAUAUAGGAGGAUAGAGGAGAUAGACCCUUCCUGCACCCUCUUGUUCUUUCUAGGCCUGCGGUGUUGCCCACUGAAUGAAGAAGUCACAAUUCUGACCGGUAAUUAUAAUGCUUCUCUCAAAUCCACACUGCUUUCUCCAUGUCAUACAUGUGCUCUGGCAGAUAAUUUCACGAUUUCUUUUACUUGGUCAAUCAGGACUUGUGUUUGACUUGUGUUAGUAAUGAUGGUGGGUGUACAGGACAUAUAUAUCUAAGAGAUAGCAAAUGGGGGAAGCAGUUUAAAUUAGGUUUCUGCAAUGACCGUGAUUGAUUCUUAGGCUGGAAUAAGGCAUUACUUUCCCUCUAAAACCAGAGGAAAACUGGGUUGGGUAGCUCCUGGUUCCCUUGUCUAUGUGAUAGGCACUGGGCCUGUAGACACAAUUUCUGGAGUCAGCCUAUAUAGUGCUUUUACCACAAGCCUUCCUGAUAAUGGAAGUUAUUUUUGUCUUGUCUCAUGUAGGUCAUCUUUGUGCCAGUAGGUGGCACUGUCCUUGUUUUUGAAACUGUUUUAGAUGUACAGGGCAUCUACCAGCACCCACAGGGGAGAAGAGGCCUAUCAGUAAAUUAGGCCCAGCCCGUCCAGGAUCUGAAAACAGGAGGGUGAACUUGAAGCAUCUCUAGAGAGAGUCUAAUCAAACAAGACUACUCCUGCACGUAUAGGACCUGUAGUGCUGGCCUGUUGCUUUCUGAGGGACAAAAGCUGCAGUAUUUGCUCAGGGUGGCCAAAUCCAGCCUCCGUAUUUGUGGUGAAUAACCCUAGACCUCUUGUUGGAGGCUUCUUGAAUUUCCCAAUGUCCCACAGUCAUUGUGACAGGUAAAAGGCCGGGUCUUCACUUGGGGGAUCUAUGCUACUUGGAACUUGGCCCAUUGCAUUGAACAUGAGAGGAGAUGCAGGCUGUGCCCCUUGGAGGACCCAAGUUCAACAGUACUUGGAAGUCAGUACCUGAGUAAUGUGGCUCAGGAAUGUCACUGUCAAGGCCUGCAUGGUAGGACAGAAGUAUCCAGAGUGGGGCCAGGUGAAGGUUAACAAGUGACAAAUGGUUCAGGAAGCUCUGGGAAAGCUUGUUUAUCUUGAUGGGGUCCCCAACAGCAGGAUCAGUUGUCAGCCGUUUGGCUUUGUUCUGCAGUCUGGUCCUAGAAUGUGUGAGCUCUUUUUUAUUUUAUUUAUUUAUUUAUUUUUUUAAACAAAGUUAGCUGUGUUAAAUAGUUACCUGGAAGCUUUAAGCUUACCUGGACUCUAAAGCCUCACUUUUUUUUAUACCUGGCAUGCACUAUUAGAAUACACUGAAUUUUAAUGUGUAAUUUGUCAGUGUCUUCUACCUACUGAGUUCUUAACACACUUCUUGGGUCUAAAUUUAAAUUACUGCUAAAAUGAAACUAAUUCUCAAGAUACUGUCUGUGACUCCUAGCACAUGUUCUUUUCAGAACAGUUUAUAGAAUGCUGUGAUGUAUUCCAGUGAUAGCAAAAUGCAACAAAGCUUCUUAUAACAGACUACCAUUUUAGCCACUUCUGAUGUGUAUAAGUAUGAGUGUUGUGCAGUCAUCACUGAUAACCAAGUUGCAGGAUGUUUCAUCCAGACAGAAAACUUCAACCCACAGUUGGAACUGUCCAGCUUCUUCCUGAAGCCCCUGGCAACCAGGAACCUGUUUUCUGUCUAUAGUUUGCUCAUUUGGAUAUUUCACAAACAUGGACUCAUACACUGGAUGGCCUUUUGUGUGUUGGCUUCUUCCACUCAAAGUUUCUAUAAAACUCAGUUGUGUGAUGGAAUCCCAUUACUUUUAUGGGUAAAAAAUACUCCAUUCAGAGUGUAAGCAGCAUGUUACUCACAGUGAUGGUUAACAUGCUAAACUCGAUGGGCAUAGUAUCAUGCAAACACACCCCUGGGUGUGCCAUGCAGGUGUUUCCUUGAGACACCCACGUAGAAUGUGGGCUGCACCAUGCUAUAUGCUGGGUCCUAGACUGAAUAAAAAGGAGGGCAAGAGCUUCCUGACUGCAGAUGCAAUGUGACCAGCUGCCUUAAGUUCCUGCAGCCAUGACUUCCCAUCACAGGACUGUACCCUUCAACUGUGAACCAAAUAAACCUUCCCUCGGUC